CGCGCAACUUGACAUCUUUACAACUCCUUCAUCACACACAAUCCAUCAACAUCACCAUGGACGAAAACACCCUCUUUGCCAUCCGCAAUCUUUUUUACUCGGGUAACUACAACCAAGUCGUCGCCGAUACCACCUCGUCCAAGACCCGUACCUCCGCCAACCAGGCAACAGCCCACCAGCUUGACCUCUUUCUUUUCCGGUCACUGAUCGCUACUAAGGACUAUGCUCGUGUGGCACAGGAAAUCACAGAGUCCCAUGGCCUAGGACUCCAGGCACUGAAGGCACAGGCUGUUUACUUGGACGCCGUUCAGUCGGCUGACUCUGCAGGACGUGAUGCAGCCCUAGCACAUUUGAGAGAAUUGCUCCAGGUUCAUUCACCCGAUGAUCCUCAGCCUGAAGUCACGGCGCUGGAGGUCAAGGUCGUAGUAGGACAGGUCCUGGCAUCCGAAGGUCUGGUCGAAGAGGCAUUAACUGUCCUAUUGCCCCAUAAUAACCAUCUUGAAAGUGUGGCGGUCGUCGUUCAAAUCUAUCUGCAAAUGAACCGCGUUGAUCUGGCCAAAAAGGAAGUGGAGGCUUGCAAAUCAUGGGCUGAGGACGCUAUGUUAGCUCAAUUGAUGGAGGCCUGGGUGGGUCUCCGUGUCGGAGGAGGCGAUCGUUACCAGAAUGCGUACUACAUUUACGAGGAGAUCGCCACCUCAAGCACAUCACCUACGGUCAAGUCGCUAGUCGGAGAGGCCGCUUGUAAUAUUCAGAUGGGACAAUAUUCAGAGGCGCAUGGUAUUUUGCAAGAGGCUCUUUCCAAGGAACCCACCAACACGGACGCAAUUGUGAACCUGAUCGUUCUGUCAACUUUGAUGAGCAAACCCACAGAGGAUAUCAGUGCCCUUGUCCAGCAAUUGCAGAGCGUGGCGCCCAAUCACUCGUACUUGCAGGACUUGGAUCUGAAGUCGAGCCUUUUUGACCGCGCCGCUCAGCGUUUUGCCGUCGCUUAAGAUGACCUCGGGCUAGGAUAUCAAAAUGGACAUAGGGCUGGGCAUUAAUAUGGACGCCUGUACGAGCGUGUACAGUAAAAAAACAGGGUGCACAAUGGAUCUAUGAUACCAAUGGAAGCAGUAGCAAGGAUGAGCAAACCGGACUUCGCUAUAUAACGUCGCAGAAACAUUGUCCUCCCAAUAAAACAUACAGAUAUAUAUUGUCGUUCGGA